AAAGCUGAGCAACAACAGACUCAUUCACCGAGUCAGCCAUGGAACAGGCAAGGAUGGACAAAGUGAAGUUCAGCGUGGAAGUGAUGCACACUGAAGACCAGGGCUCCAGACACUUGUCCCCGGAGACAAUCAAGAGGCUGAUCCACCAGUCCCAGGAGGCAAAGAAGCAGGCCUACUGUCCAUACAGCAAAUUCAGAGUGGGGGCCGCUCUCCUGACCCUCGACAACCGUGUGUUCACAGGUUGCAAUGUGGAGAAUGCUUGCUACAACUUGGGUGUGUGUGCCGAAAGGAACGCCAUGUCAAAGGCGGUGUCGGAAGGCUACAGAUCAUUCAAAGCCAUUGCAGUCGCCAGUGACCUGAACGACCAGUUCAUCUCGCCCUGUGGUGGCUGCAGGCAGUUCAUGAGAGAGUUUGGAUCUAAUUGGGACGUGUACCUGUCAAAGCCGGACGGCUCGUGCCUGAAGAUGACUGUGGACGAGCUGCUGCCUUUGUCCUUCGGCCCCGAGGACCUGUCCAUGAAGAAAGUGAUCGACAUUCCCAAUGAGUACUGAGCCUUUAAGCUGUAGCCAAACUAAUGAUCUUUGAAUGAUCAUGCCAUGGUGCUGCAUGGAAUGCACAUGCUUUACAUUUGUUCGUAGGCAUUAGUUAUAUUUAUGGUCAAUGUUUCGUUUAUAAUUAGCUAAUUGAUAAUAUUUAAAUUUAGUCUUUGUAUACUGUAGCAAAAAACUGUAAGAAGCAUUCAUUUACCUACAUUAACACUUGGAAAGCUGUAUUUUUGUAGAUAAAAAAUAUAUUUAUUAGUUAGAAAAAAGCCUGAAGGGAAAAGACAAAUUUCAACGCAGGUCAAACUCAUCCACAUAUUUUAAUAAAUAAACUGUUUUAAAAGGAGUUUCUUUUAAUAAGUUACACAUCAGUAUUCAUCACAGUGGGAUUUGGAUGUAAAAAGAAAAAACAUUCUGAGUUACAGUGCACUGAAAAAUAUUUUUUCUGAUGCAAAUGAAUCAAAUUCGGGAGACAGGGGGGGUGAAACAUUAACAUUGCCAGUGCAUAUUCACUACGCAUUUAUAAGUGAUUUGAGGUCUAAUUAUUCCAUGCAUUAACAAUAACACGUUUGAGGGCUGGGAUAAUGGGGCAAAAUUAUAAAUUUCUCCCUGAUUCAGACAAAGAGCUUAACACACAAGUAUAAUCAGGCCAUGUAACUGUAAAGACAAAAAGGGGGGUUUCAACUUUGUGGGAUCAACUUACAGAAUAUUUCCUGUUCAAUCCCUAAACAAGAGAAUCAACACAGAGAUAAAGCAAGAACUGGAGAUCUGAUCUGAGCAGAAAAACAUCAGGAUCAACCCUGACAAUCAAUCCUGAAUUAAAAAUAUAAAUGUUAAUGUUAA